CACAAAGCAGGCAAACACAAAGUGGGCAAGCACAAAGCAGGCAAGCACAAAGCAGGCAAGCACAAAAGGGGCAAGCACAAAGCAGGCAAACACAAGAUUGGCAAGCACAAGGUGUGCAAGCACAUAGUGGGCAAGCACAAGACGGGCAAGCACAUGGUGGGCAAUUACAAAGCAGGCAAGCACAAGGUGGGCAAGCACAUAGUUGGCAAGUACAAAGCGGGCAAGCACAAAGUGAGCAAGCGAAUGGCAGACAAGAACAAGGUGGAAAAGUGAAUGGUGGGCAAGCACAAGGUGGGCAAGCAUAUAGUGGGCAA